GAGAUGACGGGUAAAGGCGGCGUGUCCUUUACAAUGUCAGCCUCACCAGAGGAUUUGCCCAAACUGGAAGCACUUGGAGCUAAGAACUGGAUCGGUUCCACCUGGGAGGGCGACCUGGGCACUGAUCGUUGGCUCCGGGGCGCCUGGCGCGUGGGCUCCGAGCGCAGCGGGCGCUGGCGCGCGCGGCACAUCGGGCGCCAGGCGGUGAACCAGACCUUGAAGCCCAUGGUGGAUGCGGGCGCCGAGUGGGAGCCUAAGAGGUGUGAGAUCCGCAGUGCCACGGUGGAGGCGAAGACGGGCGUCUUGAAGAAGGGCAUGAAGGUGAAGCUUUCCAAG